AUGUCGAAAAAAGUGAUUAAUGUAAAUCAAAAAGGAAAUAGGGACGCCAUAAUUUCUCUGAAUGAAAGUCAUCUCCCUAAACUUGGUCCAGCAUCCACAACUACUGUACAGUUGGCCACGCCUCGUCGUCCAAAGAAGAGAUGUAAAACGAAGAAAAAAUGCAACAACUGUUCCCGGAUAUUGCCUCCUGAAAAAUCUUUCGACAAAUUCAUGACUAAUGAGAAAAUUAUGGAAAUUGCCAUGUCAAUGUAUCCUGGUAAGGCAUUUGGCCAUUUAGAUUGCAUAAUAGAACCGAUAAAAACCCCAAAGACAAUGGGAUGGCAAUGGUCAGUUAAAGAAACCGGUGGCGUAAAAAUAAAUCGAAAUUGGAGACCUGGUGCCAUACGUUUAGAUGUCGCUGAAAUUAUUGAGAAGGUUCGAUCAGGAACUAUUGGACCACUGCCUGGGAGAAAUUUCAUGAAAAUAAAAUAA